AUGGGACAAACCCCUCGAGUCUCCCCGCAGCCCCGAAUCCCCAAGUCUGGAGUCUGGUGCCCAGCCGUGACGAUAUUCGACAGCGCAACAGACACACUAGACCUCGAAUCCCAAAAGAAAUACUAUGCAUACCUAUCGCGAAGUGGCCUAGCAGGGCUAGUAAUAAUGGGCACGAACUCCGAAGCCUUCCUGCUGACCCGAGAAGAGCGAGCACAACUCAUCGCAACAGCGCGCGAAGCCGUCGGACCAGACUACCCUCUCAUGGCAGGCGUAGGCACACACUCAACGAAACAGACGCUCGAGCUAGCACACGACGCAGCAGCCGCCGGCGCGAAUUAUCUCUUGAUCUUACCGCCUGCGUACUUCGGCAAAGCGACAAACAUGACAGUCGUGAAACGGUUCUUCGCCGACGUCGCAAGGAAUAGCCCCCUCCCAGUGCUGAUUUACAAUUUCCCCGGCGUAACCAACGGCGUCGAUAUUGACUCGGAGACAAUUACCGAGAUAGUCAAGGAAUCAGCAGCAGCCAGUCCCAUCGGCGUCUCGAACGUCGUCGGCGUUAAAUUGACCUGCGGCUCGGUGGGGAAGAUCACACGCCUAGCGGCGACAUUUUCUCCUAGCGAGUUUGCGAUUUUCGGCGGUCAGUCGGAUUUCCUUAUUGCUGGGUUGACGGUUGGGUCGUCGGGGUGUAUUUCUGCAUUUGCGAACGUCUUUCCGAAAACGGCGUCGAAGGUUUAUGACUUGUUUAAGAAUGGGAAGGUGGCUGAGGCGAUGGAGUUGCAGCGGUCUUCGGCGUUGGCGGAGACACCUUGUAAGGGUGGAAUUGCGUCGACCAAAUAUGCAGUGGCAUUGUUUUCGGCCCCCGCAGCUGGAGUGGAGAAUGCGCUUGAGAAGCUCAAGCCUCGGACUCCAUAUGAAGAGGCUGGGGACGGGGUCCAGAAGUCGGUCAGGGAAUUGAUGGGGGCUAUUGCCAGCGUUGAAAAUGCGAUAUAA